AUGGCAACGACUGGAUGUAAGGGCCGUAAUGCACCCUUGUCAGAUGUUGAAUCGAGCAAUCCUUUUGAGGUAGGCUUUAGGCCAUCAACUUGCUUAUAUCCUUUGCAAUUUCUGCAGAAGCUCAAAAUUAUGCAAUUGACUUCGUUGUCUUGGCAGCCCAAUCGGCCUUGUAUUCUUCUUCAUUGGCCCUCAGUUACUGUUCUUUUGGAUUGUGCUGUGGACAUCUCAACAUUAUCUUCUUUUAUGCCUGUAAAGCUGCCCAGGUUAAGCAACUUUUCCAGCUAUAAUGCUACACAUACUUACUUGAAACGUUAUGGGGACGAAGUUUUUGUUGACGGAUCUGUUGAAGUCCAUCCGACUGUUCUAGAUUAUGUAUCGCUUGAUACAGUGGAUGUUAUUCUUGUGUCUAACUGCAUGUCGCUUUUUGCGCUUCCGUUCAUGUCUGAAAAGAGCGGGUUUCGAGGUUUGAUAUAUACUACAGGACCAGUUUUGGAACUUGGAAGACUGAUGGGAUUGGAAUUUAUAGACUUUAUAGAAAGUGACGAUCGGAGUUCAGCUGGUGAUGAGUGGAAGAAAUUCGAAAUUUUCAAUAAUUUUCCGAAUAAACCUACAACCAGUCCUCAGAAUUGGAAAUCUUUUUAUACGAGAGAGCAGUUUGAAACUGCCUUGAAAAAAGUAGAUACUGUUUCGUAUCACGACAUGAUCGACCUACACGGUAUUGUUAAAAUUACAGCGUAUUCAAGCGGAUAUUCGAUCGGCGCCUGUAACUGGACGAUUCUUACAGAGACAGAAAAAGUAGUGUAUGUUUCGGCUUCCUCGUCGCGAACUUCACACAUGAAAGCAGCUGACUGGGAUCAGUUUCGUGCCGCAGAUGCUAUGAUACUUACCUCCAUAUCUCGUUUCCCAGAUUUAAACCCAGAAACCUCAGUAUGUAACGUCUGUGCCGUUGCUGUCGAUACUUUAAAGAAAAACGGGUCUGUUUUAAUGCCAGUUUCUCCAGUUGGAACGGUAUACGACCUUUUGGAAGUUAUCGCACAUCAAAUGGACCAACAAAAUGUUUCGCAAGACGUGCCUAUAUACUUUAUAUCUCCAAUUGCUAAAGAAACUCUAGCAUUUUCUAGCAUUUCAAUGGAAUGGCUUUCAGAAAAGAAACAAGAAUGCUUUUAUGUGCCGGAUCAGGCAUUUGCUCAUGGCAGGAUGUUGAAAAAUGGGAGACUUAAGGUGUACAACACAUCGCAUGGAGCAUUCAGUAGACAAAUGCGGACUCCCUGUGUUAUCUUCUGUGGACAUCCUUCUUUGCGACUUGGCGAUGCAAUACAUUUCCUGGAGAUGUGGGGCCGCGAUGCCCGAAAUGCCAUCAUAAUGACUGAUCCCGACUACCCUCUGGGAGACGUAUACGGCCCGUAUCGCAACUUAGCAAUACGAGCAUUCUUUUAUCCAAUUGAUACCAGGUUGGACUAUAUGCAGUUAAAUUCUGCCAUCAUACCUGACUUGGCACCUAAAUUAAUUCUUAUGCCAGAUAUCUACAGCAGACCACCACCCGCAUGUCCACAGAGAUUAGAAUGUGCCAUCAAUUAUGAUCCAAAGAUUACAUUUCGUGUUGGGGAGACUCUUAAUGUUCCUUCUAUAAUGAGAAGAAAACGAGUGAGCUUGACGCCUGAGUACUUCCCAGAAGCUGUUUUCCGCGCCCCUCAAGGAACGAAUGGCUUGGGUUUAGCAUCUCUUGAUGGUUUUUUGUCUGCAUUUGACAACAACUUCGUCCUCAAGGUCCCUAUAAGUCUUGAACGUUUUGAGAAGCAUUCAUAUACUCCUGUUGAGACGACAGUGGAUCAUUUCCGCAAAAGACCGAAAUUAGUGGGGAGUUACAGUUUGGAAAUUUUGCAACAAAGGCUCUGUGAGGUAGACCCACAUGCAGUAAUGAGGACCGUGGACGGAGGGAAAACACUGCAUCUGCCCUCACUGGGUGCAGAUGUGCGAGUGAUGGAUGAUGGUUUCCGAACGCAGAUCAUAUGCGAAUCAGGAGAAGGGCGCCAGAAGAUUUUUGAAGCUGUAAGUCUCUGUCUCAAGCAACUGUGCAGCGCUUAA